AUGGCGCCUCGAAAAGCUCUCUUCGUCAUUGACAUCCAGAAAGAGCUUGCCGUCGAUCCCACAACCAGAGUCCCGCAUGCGGAUCGAGUCAUCGCGUCCGCCGAGGGAACCCUCAACGCCGUCCGGUCGGUCAUCGAUUCCUGCCGCGAGAAGAGCCAACCAUCUCCGUGGGCUAUCUAUUUCAUUCAGCACGAAGAAAGCUCUGCGAGUGGGACGCUGCUGCGGGGCAGCGAGCCGUGGGAACUGGUGUUCGCCCCGCGGGUGGAUGUCGAGGAGGAAAUCGUGGUCGCGAAGAAGACUGGCAACACGUUCGAGUCGAAUCCUACCCUCUCGACGCGCCUCCGCAAUGCCGAUAUCAACGAAAUAGUGGCUCUGGGUCUGCAAAGUGAGAAGUGUGUCGAAGCGACCUGCAAGGGUGCGUUGGCGGCGGGGUUCCGCGUGACUCUCCUUGCUGGCGCGCACUCGACGUACGACUCGGAGGGAAAGACGGCAACAGAGCUCGAGCGCGAGGUUGAGCGGCGUCUGUCGACUCGUGGGGCUCGUGUGUUGCGGUGGGAAGAGGCGGCUUCACAGUGGGUUCAGGAGCAGCGUCGAUAG